AUGCAAUAAUCGACUCAAUAAUAAUAGAGAUAAGAUACGGUUGUGCUCAAAGAAAGAGAGGAAAGACGAUUUGAGGAGUUUUUUAAUAAAUUUUCAAGGAAUGGGACUUCUUUGAAUUUUGCCGAUAUUCUUAUGUUUGCUCUUGAUCGUAGUCUAGUUACGAAUGGUAACAAUUUUAGCAUGUUUCUGACUCAUUUUGAUGAUGCUUUGGGUGGUGAUGUAAAAGGGGAAAGAGCACUCAAUAAGCCUUAAUUUUAUUUCUUUCUCAAGUAACUGGCAAAGAAGAUAUUUCACAAUGACCCUCUUCAUUUAGAGAAGAUGCUAAAUGAGAUAUUGUCUGAGAAAAGUGCAGUUAGAGAUCAUAAUGUAGAGCCAAAUCGAAUAGUUGUGCUUGAUGAAACUAAUAAAAGAUUAUUGGCUGAGACUUCCAUCCAGGCAAUAUCACUCUUUGAAAGGGAAUUAAAGAAUAUAUUUACUAUCUACAUGUAAGAAAACCUGUCAAACAAUAAAAUAAUGUUAAGAUGGAAGGAGAUUUGGGUUUAGAAUAAAAAGAUGAACAUGGUAUCAUUGGUUAGAUUUUUAAGAGAUGCAGAAAUUGUACCUCACAUUCUCUCUAUUGAAUAAUUGGAGGAAAUUCUAAUGAAGAUUAUUCCGCCUAUUAAUAAUAAGGAAUACGACUUUUUUUAAAAAGGUCAUUUCAUUCAAAUUUAUGAAAAGAAUUUAGCAGAAUGCAACGAUUCAGAUCCCCAAAUAUUGAUCCAUGAACUCCAAUUACUCUUGGCCAGAAUCUCAUUUGAAUUGGGACUCAAAGAAGAAGGAGGAGGAAAUCAAAAUAAUAGAAAGUUGGAUGUUGAAAAAUAUAUAAGAAAGUUUUUUGGUGAGUUAAUGCUCUUUAGAAGGAAUGAGAAUAUAGAGGGUCCACUUCCUAAUCUAAAUAGAAAAUUAAUAAAGAACUUGGAGAAAUUCACUAAACAACUGCUGAAUGAUUUAAGUGAUUUUGAAGAAAAGGAUUCUUCGGAUGAUGAACCAGACGGAACAGAUGAAUUAUAAAGAAUUGCAGCAUUGUAAGGAUCUCUAUUAUUCGAAUAAGUGUCACUCAACAUUCCAGUUGAUUAGGUAAUCAAAAUGUUAGAUAAGGAAUUGCCUCCUAUUCCUCCUUUGCCUUAAUAAGAAAAGUAAAUGCAGAAAUGGGAUCCAGAAAAGAGAGUAGUUAUCGGAAAUCCAAAACCAGAGUCUCCUAAAAAUAAGAAUGCCAAACCUAAACCAGCUAAAAAACAGUAACAAAGAAGAAAAGCUGGAGAACCAGAACCAAGAAAAGUCAUAUUUGAAUAAAAAACAGAGCCUAAAUAAUCAGAAUAAUAUAUUCAAGAAUUAGCUGAUAAGUUGAAAUUCGAAUAAAAAUUGAUCUCGGAUGUUGAACGUGGCUCUUUAUCAGAUGUAUAAGUUGCUCCUGUGCUUAUACCAGAAGUGCUAUAUCCACCUAAUCCUCCUUUAGAUGUAUAAUUUCUAGUUGAAGCAGCCAUCAAUUCUCAUAAUGAAGCUAAUUUUGUAUUUGCUAUAUAGAAUUAUGAUGAUGCAAGAAAAAAAUGGAUUGCUUUAACAGGAAGAGAUUUAACUGAUGGAUUGGAAUUGUAUUUUGAAUUUAGUAAGGCCACGGUUUUCGAAUCAGCUGGAAGGGAUGACUUGGCUUUGGUUGCUUAUUUGAAUGCUCGGCAAUUUUCAACCAAAUUACCAACAAACAAUCCUGACAAAGCUUUGGCUUAUUGCGGACUUGGAUCGGUGUUCUAUAAUACAGAGGAAUAUGAUUGGGCACUCAGAGCAUUUUUGAAGGCUAGGGAAUACAGAGAAAAUAGUAUUGGGGUGGAGACAGUUGAUACUGCGACUGUGUACAAUAACUUAGGGUGUUGUAUGUACAUGUUGGAACGGAAUAAGGAGGUAAUGGAUUCAUUUUUAUAUCCAUAGUCAUACGGAUAUUUUAAAUUGGCUCAUGCUAUUUUAGAAUCUCAGUUGGGUCAGUUUCAUCCGAGGACUUUGACAGCAGCUAGAAAUAUCAACAAAUCUAAAAAUUGUUGGUUUGAAAAUAAACCAGAAUUUCCGAAGUUAUGGGUUGAAUAUGCAUAAGAUCCUUUUGCAGGAGGAAAGAAGAAGAAAAAGAAGAAGGGAAAGAAGUGA